AUUAGGAUGAGGAGACGGGACACAACCCAGAAGAAGCUUCAGAGAAUCCACUCCCAACGUGAGCUCCAUGGCCCGACACGCAGCUCUGAGCAGCCUUUUUGGCGACGACCCUUUCUUCAGCCAGGGGGGGCUCCUGUGGCCCUUCUCCUCGCUGCGCCAAGACCUGCUGGGCCGCAAAGUCCAGCUCGCAGAUGGCUUCCUCUUCAAGGAUGGACCUUCGCUUGUGAAUUUACCCCUCAUGGCCUCCACUUUCAAAAGGCUAAGCAGCGAAGACGACAAGGCUGAAGACGAGCCAAGACAGACGGCCGUGGCAGAGAGACCCAGACAAGCCCAGCAGGCCGCCGCACACGACGACCUCUUGGUGACCCUUGACGCUCGCGGCUACGCCCCCGGCGACAUCACCGUCAAGUUGGAAGGGCGGAGCCUGCUGGUGGCGGCCACCAAGCAGGCGGGGGCGCAGGAGGCCCACUCCUGCGCGUCCCCUUCCUCCCGCGCCUCCUUCGCCUCCUCGUCCUCGGCCCGCAUGGGCUUCAAGCAGAAGAUUGAUCUCUCGCCUCACCUGGAUUUGGCCGGCCUGUCCUGCUCGCUUAUGGAUGACGGACAGCUGCGGAUUCACGCUCCGGUGGCCAAGCAGCCAAUCACAGAGGAGCGUAGAGAGCCACUGGAGGAGGAACACAAAGAGCCACAGGAGGAGGAACAGACAGAGCCGCUGGAGGAGGAACAGAGAAAGCCACUGGAGCAGGAAGAGGAACCUCCUCGAUUCAGGACUUCCCUGGAAUUUCCCAUCACUAAGGAGAACACUGACUAGUGCACACAAAAAACACAAUUUUCUAAUUAAUUUGUAAAUGGAUGUACUGUAAUAAGCGUUGGAUUAUAUUUGUACAGUUAAAAUAAAAAAAUAUGAAUU